CGGCCUCGGUCUCCGGGUCGACGCGCGUCUCCGUCGCUCGGGUACGCGACGGAAGAUGGCGGAGUCCGGCGGCAGUAGUGGCUCUGGCCAGAGUCCCGAGCGCCCAAGCAGCCUGGCUGACAGGAAUGGGGCCCUCAAGUGCACCUUCUCCGCAGCUGACCACAGCACCGGCCUCCUGCAGGGUCUGGCUGCCCUCCGUGCACAGGGACAGCUGCUCGAUGUGGUCCUCACUGUCAACAGUGAAGCCUUCCAUGCACACAAGGUGGUCCUGGCAGCCUGCAGUGACUACUUUAGGGCCAUGUUCACCGGGGGCAUGCGUGAGGCCAGCCAGGCGGUCAUCCAGCUGCAGGGUGUGUCUGCACGAGGCCUACGCCACAUCAUUGACUUUGCCUACAGUGCCGAAGUGACACUGGACCUGGACUGCGUGCAGGAUGUGCUGGGCGCUGCUGUGUUCCUGCAGAUGCUACCAGUGGUGGAGCUGUGCGAGGACUUUCUGAAAGCCGCCAUGAGCGUGGAAACAUGUCUGCACAUUGGCCAGAUGGCUACCACCUUCAGCCUGGCAUCACUACGUGAGUCUGUAGAUGCCUUCACGUUCCGACACUUCCUGCAGAUUGCGGCGGAGGAGGACUUCUUGCGCCUGCCACUGGAGCGCCUUGUCUUCUUCUUGCAGAGCAACCGGCUGCAGAGCUGCACUGAGAUUGACCUGUUCCGUGCUGCUGUGCGCUGGCUGCAGCAUGAUCCAGCUCGCCGUGCCCGUGCCAGCCUCGUGCUGCGUCAUGUGCGCUUUCCGCUCAUGCAGCCCGCUGAGCUGGUGGACAGUGUGCAGACGCUUGACGUCAUGCUGGACGACGCCUUGUGUCGCCAAUAUCUACUGGAGGCCUUCAGCUACCACGUGCUACCUUGUCGCCAGCAUGACAUGCAGUCGCCGCGUACGGCUGUGCGUUCAGAUGUAGCAUCCCUGGUGGCCUUUGGAGGCACGCCCUAUACUGACAGUGACCGAGCGGUCAGCAACAAGGUGUUCCAGCUUCCUGAGGCUGGGGCACGCCACUUCCGAGAGCUCACGGAGAUGGAGCUUGGCUGCAGCCACGCGGGCGUGGCUGUGCUAGAUAACUUUGUGUACGUGGCCGGUGGCCAGCACCUGCAGCACCGCAGCGGAGAGGGUGCUGUGGACGCUUGCUACCGCUAUGACCCGCAGCGCAAUCGCUGGCUGCGGCUGAGGGCACUACGCGAGAGUCGAGUGCAGUUCCAGCUCACUGCGCUGGGUGGGCUGCUCUAUGCCACGGGUGGCCGCAAUCGCGCAGGCAGCCUGGCUUCCGUGGAGCGCUACUGUCCGCGCCGUGACAGCUGGGACUUUGCCUGUCCGCUCAAGCGCCGCACCUGGGGCCAUGCGGGCGCUGCAGCUGCUGGUCGCCUUUACAUCUCUGGCGGCUAUGGUGUCUCUGCUGAGGACAAGAAAGCACUGCAAUGCUACGAUCCUUCAGCCGACCGCUGGGAACCCAGGGCGCCCAUGCGCGAGCCCCGCGUACUGCAUGCCAUGCUGGGUGCUGCUGGCCGCAUCUAUGCUCUAGGCGGCCGCAUGGACCACGUGGACCGCUGCUUCGAUGUGCUGGCAGUGGAGUAUUACGUGCCCGAUGCCGACCAGUGGACUAGUGUGGCCCCUAUGCGUGCCGGCCAGUCGGAGGCCGGCUGCUGCCUGCUAGAAAGGAAGAUCUACAUCGUGGGUGGCUACAACUGGAGGCUGAACAACGUCACAGGCAUUGUGCAGGUGUACAACACCGAGACAGACGAGUGGGAGAGAGACCUUCACUUCCCUGAGUCCUUCGCGGGCAUCGCUUGCGCAGCGGUUCUGCUUCCCCGCGCUGGUCACGGGAGGUAGCUCUGAUCCCGGCCUGGCUGUGUUCCUCAGAGUGUCGGAACCCUAGUUCUGGGGGUCCCCACCUCUCAGUCCUGAGCCAGCAGAGCGAUCUGGUCUCAGAGGUUUGCAUAUCACAGCAGCUACUGCCCAAUGUGCAUCUCUGCUCUGUUCUGUGUGGCUCAACCUCUAUUUCCCUCAACCCUGGCCAGACACUCAGAAGAAAGCUUGUGAACACAAAAUAGCCAAGUCCCCGUGGAAACCACUCCUGCCUCUCUUCUGACUGGUUAAAAUGCCUGCCAUCCAGUGGGUAAAGGUACUGCCACCAAGCCUGACAACCAGUUGUGUCUUGGGACCCACAAGGCAGAAAAAGAAACUGACUUCUUAAUUGCCCUAUGAUCUCCACGUGGGCACCAUGACACACAUGUGCACACAAUCGAGUGUAAUUUCAAUGAUUGUCAAUCAGCUCUCCUGGUGCCUGGGCAGCAUUCAGGAUGCAGGAGGCAGAGGGAGCCCCAGAGGCACCCAGACAGGUGGUAGGAAGACAGCCAAGUGAGUAUAGUGGCUUGUUCCAGUACUCUAGAGGCUGAGGUGGGAGGAUUAUUGCAGGUUCUAGGCCAGCCAGGGCCACAGAGAGAAAUCCUGUCUCAGAACAACAAAAGCCAUUUGUGUCAGGUGGGGUGUCCUGUGUGACUGCAAGAGUAGCUUGAGGUUGUGGAAGAAAAUGAAUGACCUGUGUCCAUUGCUGGCCGCAGAUGGAUACACUACCAGGUCUGAUGCACUGAUGGGUCCUGGACUCUGGGGUGGGUAGGUGGGGACGAUGCUGUGGCCAUGAGCUCCAGCAGCCCCCCUGAGUGUCAGCCAUGUCUUGUUUAAACCCUAAAGUCUCAUCUUCGUGUUUUGUUUCACUUUUGUUUAAGUAAGCCAGCCCCACUAUCUUUCAAAUAAG